AAUUUUCCGCGUGAUCGACUCCCUGGUCGAUCCGGUCCAGCAAGUGUGCCCAAGGAAUAAUUGUCGCUUGGAUUUGGCUUACACCGCGCUUAAUCCCCAGGUCGCUGCCGUGAUCCCCCCCCCCGCCCGGCCUAGCUCCUCGGCUGAUCACCGAUCCCUACACUGCCAUUGCCCACGUACUACUGCCCAGCGGCCCGUGCAAGUUGGGCGAGCGUGUGGACCUGUACUGUACUGCUAUCGCUAGCCACGUUGCUUGCUUGCUAGUACUCCAGUAUAAGCGCGAGGGCUUCGUCGCGCAAGCUGGGGAAGAGAAAGAGCAUCUUUUUUUCUAAGACACUGUAAUACGCAUGGAUCAGCUCGGCGACGAGGAGUCCUUCUUGGACGAGCUCAUGUCAUCGCAGCGGCGGGAGGACGCGGCACCAGCUGAGCUGUGGCAUUCUUCUUCGUACCCUGGGCCGCAGGGCGGCAUGAUGAUGAUGAGCGACCUCCUCUUCUACGGCGCCGAUGAUGACAUGGACGUGGCGGCGCCGUUUGAAGAUCUGCCGUUGCCGGCGCCUCCAGGCGGCCCGCGAGAGGAGUUCAGCUUCGACUGCUUGAGCGAGGUGUGCAACCCUUACAGGAGCCGCGUCGGCUUCGUCUCCGGGGCUGAGGCCGCCGCGGCUGGCCGGGCGCUCACUGAUCCCCUCCAUGAUGCCAUGGAGGAGGACGAGAUGAGCAGGGAUAAGGCGCAUGUCCUCGGUGAUGCUGGCGGUGGCUCGUCGUCGUUGUGCCCGGCGCCAUUCGUGUUCGGAUCAGGAGGAUGCGCCGGCGGGCCGAGCUCGGUGUCCAUGACCGGCGCGAGCGGCGUUCGUCAUAGGAGCAAGCUCCAUGGCGCCAUCCCGUCGAAGAACCUCAUGGCCGAGAGGCGGCGCCGGAAGCGGCUCAACGACCGCCUCUCCAUGCUCCGCUCCAUCGUGCCCAGGAUCAGCAAGAUGGACAGGACCUCGAUCCUUGGGGACACCAUAGACUACGUGAACGAGCUGACGGAGCGCAUCAAAGUACUCGAGGAGGAGAUCGACGCCGCGCCGGAGGAUCUCAACUUGCUGAACACCAUCAAGGAUUUUUCCAGCGGUUGCAGCGAGAUGCCGGCGAGGAAUUCAACCAAGUUUGGCGUGGAGAAGCAGGGCGACGGCGGCACGAGGAUAGAGAUGUGCUGCCCGGCGAACCCCGGCGUGCUGCUGUCGACGUUGAGCGCGCUGGAGGCGCUGGGGCUGGAGAUCGAGCAGUGCGUCGCGAGCUGCUUCAGUGACUUCGGCAUGCAGGCCUCCUGCUUACAAGUGGAAGGGAAGAGGCAAGGAAUAAGCACCGAUGAUGAGAUCAAGCAGGCUUUGUUCAGGAGCGCAGGUUACGGAGGAAGGUGUCUCUAGCUCGCUAUACCUAAUUAAAUCGUCUCUACUCCUAGCAGUUAAGCAGGCGGAACAAACUGGAUGUUCAUCGUUUCCUUUGUCGAUGCUAGGUUUACUUUGGUUUAUUACUACACGUAUUGGAUUAAUCAGUACGUGUUUUAUUUCUAUAUGUCUAUGUCCACUCAGUCUGAGGCCUGAACCCCAAAUUGAAGAUUUGACCAGUACUGUUGCAAGUUCAGCUGUGACCCGUCCGAUGGUAUAAUCGUUGCGUGCGUGCGUGUCUCGUGUGUGUUGUAUGGAGCACUCGAGUUGCAUUACUGCUAUAGGCGUCUAUAGCUUCUCGUUUCUCGUGCAAGAUUUGCUGUUUUCCUGAUAGAAACGGUUCAUCAGGUUUUGUCCCCGGGCUAUCAAGUGUGUAUGGGGUCGUACGUGAACAAACAGUGUUGGCAGACUGUGCGCUUUAUUUGAAAUAGAAGGA